AUGGACAUCCCGUUUACCACGACGAAGGAGGGCGGCAUCAUCACGGCGUCGAACAACAUGAACUCCAAGAUCAACAAGCGGUUCGCGCAGCUGCCGGAGAACCUGCGCCUCAACGGGGUGACGCCGAGCGGCAAGCCGCGGCUGUUUGUGUGCCACACGUGCACGCGCGCGUUUGCGCGGCAGGAGCACCUGAUCCGCCACAAGCGGUCGCACACGAACGAGAAGCCGUAUAUCUGCGGGAUCUGCGACCGGCGGUUCAGCCGGCGGGACCUGCUGCUGCGGCACGCGCACAAGCUGCACGGGGGGAGCUGCGGGGACGCGCUGCUGAAGAAGGGCUCGCCGCCGCGGCAGCGGCUGAGCCGGGCGGUGCGGCGGCGCAAGAGCGCGGAGGGGCUGCGGGCGGCGGGCAAGCCACGGCGGCGGCUGUCGUUCUCUGCGCAGUCCGGGGAGAGCUACGCGUCGGUGCGGCCGCGCAGCGCGGGGGGGGGCGAGAAGGUGCAGUUCUCGACGCCGCAGCUGCUGCCGGUGGACCUGACGCAGGAGCCGUCGACGUUCACGGCGCUGGAGGCGAACGGGUGGGUGCAGGACGUGAACAGCCUGUCGGCGCUGGACGGGACGCCGGAGGAGGGGAGCUGCAGCCCGCGGUCGGCGCUGUCGUGGCAGGCCACGCACACGCGGUCGCUGUUUGCGCAGCCGUUCCCGGUGGGCGGUGCGUACGGGGAGCUGGCUGGCGGCUUUGCGCCGGAGUGGCAGGGGUCGGAGGGGGCGUCGCCGGCGGCGGGGCGCGCCGGCGCGCGGCAGUCGCCGCCGCGGUCGCGCGAGAUGUCGGAGGUGAGCGCGACGAACGAGUUCCGCUUUCUGCCACUGGCGCGCGGCGAAGGCGCGCUGUCGCCGGCCGCGCCGCAGAUGUCUGCGGACGAGAUGGUGACCACGUUCGACUUCCUGCAGAGCGGCUACUCGUUCUACGGCAUGGAGAACCCGGACGCGGCGAGUGUGAUCCGCUGCUCGCAGCAGUCGGCGGGCGCGACGACCAAGGCGGACGCGGGCGCGGUGCACUGCAGCUUCUUCACCGAGGAGAUGCGGAGCAUGUGCCUGUCUGCGCUGGACUACUACGCGCUCUACUGCGUGCGGAAGGGGUCCGGCCGGGCGAGCACGGUCGAGCUGCCGUCGUGUGCGGAACUGAACAUGUACCUGUCGCUUUUUAUGGAGCACUUCGCGGCGCACUACCCGUUCAUUCACCCGCAGCUGUGGCGGGCGGACGUUGCGACGUUCCGCGGCUACGUGUAUGGCGGCAUGGAGUAUGCUGCGGUCGCGGACGACUCGCAUGUGCAGUGCUCGAACAUUGUGUGUCUACCGAUGCUUGCCGCGACAACGGGAUCUAUGUACCUGCGCAGUCGCCGCGAUGAGUCGCAUGACGCGCCCGCGGCUACGUCGGAGCAGAUGUACGAAAUCUCGCGACGCAUCCUGCACGUAUAUCUGGAAACACGUAACGCUGCCAAGUUGCCAACAUGUAACCUGUGGCUGACUCAAUCGCUGACGCUGAGCAUAAUGUACUCCAUUUUCCUAGAACCGUGGGACAAGGCCUCGGAGGUACAAACGAACACCUUGCUGAAGCAAGUGAAUGCAGUGUGCACUAUGGUACGGAAAGACCUUCUUCCCAUUGUUGGGUCACUUGCACACCAUUCAUCUUUUGGCUGCCCAGCCAACUACAUCAUUAUGGAAUCCACCAUCCGGACAGUUGUAUUCUGCUAUAAUUUUUGUCAGAUGCUCCGUUGUUUCCAUAAUAUCAAAUCUCCAGCAUUUUUGAUGGAAUCCGACCUGGAUCUGGUUCUGAUACCCGACGAUGAACACACAUGGAACUCGGCUAUGCUUGAUUUUAGUACAAGUCAUUCAACGCUUGCUUCUACUCAGCGACCUGUUAUGCAAAAAAAGAAUACGCUGCCAUUCUGCAAGUUCUACCAGACUUUCACAUUCAGCACAUCGGGGGCGCACUCAAUUCCAGAAUACCUAGCGCGCACAAUGCUAUAUUACGAAUUCAACAGCUCGCAGUCUGGGUUUCACAUAUUUUUAACAAAAAUCGAUACCAAAAAGUUGGAGCUUAACCUGCAAUACUUUGGCAGUAAAGCAUCCGACAGUCUGAAUGCCACGCCUUCUCUUCCAGGUGAAAACUCGUCUGUCACUCCUCCAUUAUUUAAUUUCGACCCAGUGAAACCUUUGUCGCAAGACUCGAUUAUUCUGAAAAAUGGUCUGAUGUGCAUGGUUUUCUUUAACUCUAUUGAUCCAAACUUCGCUUGGCAUAUAGGUGGACAUUCCCUAGAGAUGAUGUUCGAAACGUAUUUGGAUUCAGCAAAGUUCAAUAUCUUGUCAAAUGGCUCAUAUAAACUUAUAACGGACUUCCUUGUGGCCCUGAAUUUUUCUAUCCAGAAUAUCGCAUUUAUUGUUGAUGUUAACGAUAAUUCUAUGUUUGAUACUUCAAGGGUCUCUGUGUUGGCUAUGCACUGUUAUUAUGUCAAUUUCCUCGUGAUCGUUAAAUUUAUCAUGGAUUUCGAACGGACUCCAAACUUUAAGUUACUCUGUAUUUAUACGGAAUUAAAAAAACUUGCAAACGGUAUUUUUAUUCCUGUACUAUCGGCCUUGUUUCCGCUCGAAUUUGCCAAGUUCCUUGGUCCCGAUCUCGACGUCCCAAGUUUAUGGAAGAACCCGUCCUUCACCUCAUUAAACCGUGAUAUGACCGGUUAUUCUUCGAAUAUGUCCACAAACGUGCUGAUGGCAGGUGGUCACGAAAACAACACUCCUAUAUCGCAUGACCAUUAUACGAAGGGCAAUACCGCCAAUAUUAAUGUGGUACAACUAGAAAAACUAAUAAACAAUGUGCUAGUGUAUUCCUUCAAUGAUUCUAACUUUUUGUCGAUGACGGAAAACGCCCCUAAUGAAUUUGUAUUUACGAACCCGAAUACCACACAACAAUUGCCAGACUCGGCCCCAAUGAACUCGCCGAAACCAACACUUUCAUCAUUGAACCUACUAAAAUACCACCAGGAAAAGUCCGCUUCUGGAAAGCAGAGCACCAAGCAGAGCUUCACAGACAGAUAUCACUUAGCAGAAAAAUAUAUACUGAUUGCCAAGUGUCUUUUCCUGCAUGUUAAUGAAGCUCAUAUUCGGUCAUCCUUUAUAAAGAGUCUGGCAACUAAUUACCAAAUACUGGAACGGUGCCUACUGAAGCAUGGUUAUUCAACCGAGAAGCAGCAUGAGGAGAGUACAUCUAUGUUGCAAAACACACUGAAUGUGAACCCAGUUUCGCUUUUUAGAAACCAUGCCCAGUAUUAA